CCGUACGGAUAAACCCAAGGGGAAAAGCCCUAAAUUCUAAAAUGCUGGGGCGAUUGGCGCCGAGGGCGAGGGCGUGGGCGCUGCGCGAUGCCGUGCGAUCGACUGAAUGCCGCUACACGGCAUCGCGCUACUUCGCGGCCAGGGCAUCAGCGUCGCCAGGGGCAACAGAGAGGCCAAACAAGACGCAAACGACUCUAAUGUAUCUCAGCACGGUGGUGAUUGGAAUGGUCGGUCUCACGUACGCCUCGGUGCCACUCUAUCGGAGGUUUUGCCAAGCAACUGGCUAUGGUGGAACAAUCCAAAGAAAAGAGUCUGUGGAGGAAAAGAUCGCUCGCCAUGCUAAAGAAGACGCUCCAGUAACUCGCGAGAUUGUCGUGCAAUUCAACACGGAUGUCUCCGAUAAGUUGCAAUGGAGAUUCACGCCGUGUCAAAGAACGGUGAAGGUGAGACCCGGUGAGAGCUCACUAGCGUUUUUCACGGCCGAGAAUCUCAGUUCGGAGCCUAUCACCGGUGUUUCAACAUACAAUGUGGUGCCAAUGCAGGCGGCCGUCUAUUUCAAUAAGAUACAGUGCUUCUGCUUUGAGGAACAGAGGCUUCAACCAGGAGAAAAGAUAGACAUGCCAGUAUUCUUCUACGUGGAUCCAGAGUUUGCUACGGAUCCCCGCAUGGAUGAUAUAACAAAUCUAGUCCUGUCCUACACAUUCUUCAAAGUUGAUGAAUAAAAGUUUGCAUCACUUCACAUGAAA